AUGGCGCCGCCGCCGCCGGUGGCUCCCCUCCGAUCUCUGUCCUCCUCCCCUUGCUCUCUCAAGGUUCUCCUCCUCCUCUGCUCCUUCCUUCUGGCGACGGUCUCCGAGGGCUCGUCGGUGGCGAAGCUGCGGUUCGCUCGCCGGAGCGGCGAGUUCAAGAUCCUGCAGGUGGCGGACAUGCACUACGCCAACGGCGCCACCACUCCGUGCGAGAAUGUGCUGCCCGCCGAGCAACGCGGCUGCUCCGACCUCAACACCACCGCCUUCCUCCGCCGUCUCAUCCUCGCCGAGAAGCCCAACCUCAUCGUCUUCACCGGUAAAUCCUCACUCUCUCUCUCUCUCUCUCUCUCUUUCUUUCUCUUCUCUGCAAAUUCCAUGGCUUCUCUGAGCGGCAACGCCGCGGGAGCAGGCGACAACAUCUUCGGCUUCGACGCGAACGACUCGGCGAGGUCGAUGGAGGCGGCAUUCGCGCCGGCGGUGGCGGCGGGGAUCCCCUGGGCUGCCGUGCUGGGCAACCACGACCAGGAAGGGAACCUCGGCCGGAGAGGGCUCAUGCAGCACAUUGCCGGCAUGCCGGCGGCACUCUCGAGGGUCAACCCCAGGGGGCUGAGCUUCCCCAUCGACGGCUUCGGCAACUACCACCUAUCCGUCGCCGGCGCCGCAGGCUCCGCCAUGGCCAACCAGUCCAUCCUCAACCUCUACUUCCUCGACAGCGGCGACUACUCCUCCUCCGAUUUCUCAGUCUACGACUGGAUCAAACCCUCCCAGCUGCUCUGGUUCCAGCAGAGCUCCGCCAAGCUCCGGCGAGAGCACGGGGGCCCAGCGCCGGCGAUGGCCUUCUUCCACAUCCCGCUGCCGGAGUUUGGGAGCUUCGGGCCGGGCAACUCCACCGGCGUCCGGCAGGAGGGCAUCUCCUCCGCCGCCGUGAACUCGGGGCUCUUCGCCGCCAUGGUGGCCGCCGGUGACGUGAAGGCGGCGUUCGUCGGGCACGACCACAUCAACGACUUCUGCGGCGAGCUCGCCGGGGUGAACCUCUGCUACGGCGGCGGGUUCGGGUACCACGCCUACGGCAAGGCCGGGUGGCCGAGGAGGGCGAGGGUCGUCGCCGUCUCCCUGGAGAAGACGUCAGCGGCGGGGUGGGGUGGAGUCAAGACGAUCAGGACGUGGAGGCGCCUCGACGACCGGAGUCUCUCCACCAUUGACUCUCAGCUCCUCUGGACGAAGAUCUGA